AUGCCUGUAAGGUAUCAUAUUGUAUCUCCCACAGCAGCAGCCUCAUCUUCCUUAGAUGCUGGAGGAGAGAGUACUUCCUAUUCAGAGGAGAAUGAUCAGAAACGUCUAAAAGUUAGAACAAGUAAAGAAGGGAGAAGAAAAGCAACGGUAAAGGAGGUUUUAUCAGAAUUUGAAGCAUUAAGACAGGAAAAUGGAGUACUAAAAGAAAAGAUUGAAGAACAGACAAGUGCUCUCGAUUUUCUUCGUAAAUCAGGAGAACAACGAGAAUCGUUAAUUGAGGAAUUGAGGAAGGAAAUUAAAAAGCUUAGGGUAACAGCAAAGCAAGAAUUUGAUAUGUUUGCAGAAGAAAUGAAAACUAAAAGCAUGGAGGAUGAAUUUAAAAUUAAAACAUUAUCAAUUGAAAAAUCGAGAAUGGAGAGCGAAAUGCAUAUCUAUAAAUUUUAUGAGCAGGAAAAUGCUGAGCUCAGAUCAAUAGUGAAGAGUUUACACGCUCAAUUAGAGAAACUAUCUCAUGUAAAAACAUUGGAAUCUCAAACAUCUGCUGUAGAAUUGGAAAAAUUUAGGAAACAAAUUGAAUCGGAAUAUCAGAAGAAAUUCGAAGAAUCAGUUAGUAGACAAGAACCAGUAACAAAGAAUGAUGGCGUGUGGGAUGCUAUAGUUCGAAGUGGCCUCUUUAAGGAGGUCAUGGUAAAUAGACCUCCUUCUGAUAUCAAUGUGUUUUUGGAACAAAUCAGAAGCAUACUUUCUCAAAAUGAAAAAUUGAAAAGGGAUAAGCAAGUAAGAGAUGAAGAUCUAAUCAAGAGAGAAAAUUUAAUUAGAGAAAUGCAGAUAAAACAACUCUCAGAUCAAGAAAAGAUACGAUUGCUAGAAGAGGAUGUCUAUGAUUCUAAAAAUGCUUCUGCAGACAAUGAUGUGUUACAUACAGAGCUCGAUGUUAUGGCCAAUGAGUUAACAAGAUUGACAGAAAGAUACAAGACAUCCAUGUCAGAAAUGGAAAAGUGGAGAGGAAGGGCUCUUGCAUUAAAACAUGUUGAUAUUGACCUGACUCCAAGAAAGCUCAGUAAGUUACUCGAUGCAAAAGAAGAGAUGAUUCAAAGUGCCAGAAAUACUGUUAAGAAUAUCAAGAAAAAUGUGGAUGAAGAGGUUGAAAAACCAGCAAUAUCUGUUUUGCAAGCUCUUUCAAUGUGGAAUACUAACUUUUCCAAUGUAAAUACUUCAGAAAUGCAACAAGACCAGCCUCAACUUCAUUCUCAAUCACUUCCCGAAUCUUUUAGAGAAGAGGAAUUUUCAGAGCCAGUCAUAUUUGAACCACUACAAAAGAGAGCAGUAACCUCAAAGGAAAAAUCGGCAAGGGACAGAACUUGUAAAAUUGUUUAUCCUAACGAACACUCCCAAAGUCAUAGCUUACUAUCCCUCAAACCAAAAAAGAAGAAAUCUUUCGAAGAAGAGUUUGCUGAGGCUAACAAAUCACUGUCUGUAAUGUCAAAACAAAAGAAGAAAGGUCAAUUGCCAAGCCAUUUGGUUUCACUCUACAAGUCAUUUGGAGGUUCAAACACUUCUGCUGACAGUAGCAAGAAUGGGUCAAGAUUUUUGGUGCCUUAA